GAAAAAAGCUAAUCAAACCGGAAAAGUUACCAAAACCCAACUCUUUCCCCCUUCUUGGCUGCUGUGAACGCAGCACUUCUUCUCUGCGUCUUCCUCCUUUGCCGGAGACGGAACGGUGAGCUACGGUCUCCUAGUACGGUGAUCGAUUUUCCGCUCGAAAUUUGGUGCGACUUUCUUGCGUUUUCUAACUCCUCAUUGCACGAACGGGGAGAGAUAGAGGAACGAAGGCAGUGUCAUAGCCGGUUAAAACCACCAUCACCGGCGACCUUAGAUAUUUAGGAAUUGGGCUUUUUGUUCUUUUGAUUCAAGUUCAAGAGGUAAAUCAUACAAAAAGUUGAUUUUUGGGCUAUUUGUAUAUUGCUCCUAAAUUCAGCAGGCAAAUUGAGCCAUAUUGCAAAAGAUAUCUAUGUAAUUGCCAAUCAAACAACAGAACUUCUAUCCCUCUCCAGUUUUACAGUUUUAAAGUUGUCCAAACACACUCGAGUUUUCUUUACUCUCUCAAAUUCCACACAUACUUACUCAAAAUCUUAUUUAACCCCUAAAUUCCACCUUGCAAAGUCCUAACAAUGGCUUCAAUUGCACUUCGAUCUCGCGUUUUAUCAAUACUACUGAGAAAUAGGAAACCUGAUCGGCAACUUUUUAGCUCAAACAUAGGCAAAGAGUCUAUCAUCUCCUCUCAAUCUAUCAUUCCAGAUCAAGCCGCAGAAACGGUAGUGCAGGAAGCUGAGCCAGCAGCUGAGGUUGCAGCCUCGGGCUCAGAGAAGAAAGGUUGGAGUUUUUUGAAGUAUGGGAUUAUUGCUUCUCUCACUGGAGCUGCUGGUUAUGCUAGUUAUGCAACAUAUGCUUAUUCAUUGGAUCAAGUGGAGGAGAAAACAAAGGUAUUGAGAGAAGCUGCAAACUGUAAGGCUGGUGAAGAUGCAUCCUCCACUGAGAAGUAUCAGGCUUUGCUCUAUUCUGCUGUGAUGACAGUUCCUGCUAAAGCGGUUGAACUCUAUUUGGACCUGAGGAGGAUGAUUGAAGAGCAAGUUAAAGGUUUUACUGAACCUACCUCAGAUAAGCUUCUGCCUGAUUUGCAUCCCUCCGAGCAACAUGUUUUUACUCUUGUUUUGGAUCUUAAUGAGACGAUAAUUUACAGUGAUUGGAAGCGUGAUAGAGGCUGGCGGACUUUCAAAAGGCCGGGGGUCGAUGACUUCUUGCAACACCUUGGAAGGUUAUAUGAAAUUGUUGUGUACUCUGACCAGCUGAAUAUGUUUGUUGAUCCUGUUGUUGAAAGGUUGGACACCAACCACUGUAUACGAUAUAGGCUAUCAAGGGGUGCUACCAAGUAUCAGGAUGGCAAGCACUUUAGAGAUCUUUCAAAACUCAAUAGAGAUCCAGGUAAGAUCAUAUAUGUGAGUGCUCAUGCAUUUGAAAACAGCCUUCAGCCAGAGAAUUGUGUCCAAAUCAAGCCAUUUAAGAUUGAUGAGAAAGGGGAAGAAUCUGUGGAUACAACACUUUUGGAUCUCAUUCCCUUUCUUGAAUAUGUUGCUCGUGCAAGUCCAGCUGAUAUCAGACAAGUGCUAGCAUCUUAUGAAAGGCAGGAUAUUGCAAAAGAGUUCAAGGAACGUUCCAAGGAAACUCAGAAGCGAAUGCAAGAACAGAGGCAUCAUCAAGGUUUCUUCUUCAGACGUUGAGGUUGGGACUAAUGUUCGAAUUUUUAGGAGAUUUAUUCGAAGCUGCUGCUGUUGAAAGCAUGAAGCCUUUUUUAUUCUUAUCAAGAAGCAGUUUUGGGUAGAAGAUCAUAAAUUUUUUAUGAAAUCACUCUCUUCCUCAUUUUUAAGUCGUGGGCAUGAGAUAUGUCAUUUUUGCCAUACAACAAACUAAAUAUAUACAUACAAUCGAGUAUUUGGGCUAUCUAUUUUACUUUUUUACAUUAACAAUGGAAAAAAAAAAAUUACAUGAUCAAUUUUGGGUGCCCUCUUCCUCAUUCUCUUGCUGGUGUAACCUAUCAAAGGUUCAGAAGUUUGGAGAAUCCAUCAACUGUACAUAUUAUGAUUUGUGAAUGCUGAUAAUUUCUUUGUUAGAAAUGUGUCAAAUUUGCCAACAAAA